AUGUCCACUGAAAACGAGAUGACGAGCGCACCUGACUAUCGCAAUCGCACGGAAGGAUAUCUCGACACGACUACGUUACGAUCUAUGCCGGUAGUCCCUCCGCCCAUCUUGUCCGACCAUGGUCCAAGUAGAUCGCUACACGUCUCGGACGUCAUGCCGCAGAGUGAGGACCUGCGGCGUGCUCCAACUCGAGAGAAUGCGUGCAUAAUGGCCUCAAAGGUUGUGGACGUAACCGUGUUUACAGGUAUCGACCUUGUGCGAGCUGUUGGUGCAUCUAAGAAACCCAGCAUACGAAGCAAUGAUCACGUGCUGAAACGCGCUCUUGUGAACCGUGGGGAAGACAUGUUAGCUGCUACGCUCGUCACCUGGUUUAUACCGCCCAAAGGCAUCACGGAAAAUAUCACGAGUGCCUCUUGCUGGUGGCUUUCGCCCAAACUGGGACCGCUGAGCAGCGAGUAUAAAACUCGAGCUGUAUCCGGCGAUAUGGACAAACGUUCGCAAGAUAUGGAAGUGGAAUCCUUUUUUGAUAACUUUGUACCUGGAGAUGACCCAACCCCCGAGGAGCGAGCGCAGUUCCUGGUAUUCGAAGAGGAUGAUUUCAAGAAAAAGGAGAAGGAAAUGGCUGCUGCAUUAUGCCGCGUUUCUAAUUCUGUUCUCAACGUCAAUCCGAAUAAUGACCUGUUGGCGAGGCACACCUCAGAUUGGCCUGACUCGACAGAUGCUGUGGACGGUUCUAUUGGCAAAAAGAGGCCUGACGUAGUCCUUUAUCCCAAGGGCGACGAAGCUCAGGAGGACUACAAGCUGCAAGGGAACAAUAACGAUGGAGACGCGAAUUCGUUAGAUGAUGACGAGAGCAUGGCGCAGCUGGCCAGAGUGCGAUGGGCGUGGAUGUGCGUUCCUAUCGAGCUCAAGACAGAUCGCGAUCUGGCUCCCUUCGAAUUUGGCCCUGGCAGCGACAAAUAUUUCUACAGGUCGGCACUAGAGAAGCGCAAGGCAAGAGGUCAGAUUGCCGACUAUGCCGCAAGGCUCAUGCGUCGUCAACACCGCGAGUUCUGCUUCAUGAUCGUCAUCUGCAGAUCCGAAGCGCGCCUUGUACGCUGGGACAGAGCUGGCGCUAUCGUCACGAAUCCCUUCGACUUCGUGGCUGACCCAGAUUACAUGUACAGAUUCCUCUAUCGGCUGAGCAAGAUGAACCGCCAUCAACGAGGCUAUGACCCGACGGUGGAACCCGCGACUAAGGAAGAGAUCAACAUGAUGCAAGCAUGCAGAGAGACCUUGCAGGACCCGUACCUUCGCGAAUGUCUAGAUCAGGCCAUGUCACCAGGCUGGCCUAUAAGCAAGGUGAAAUUCCGUCAGGAAGACGUGGUCUGUGUGGAAUCGUGGCAAUCUGCUGGCGGAGACAACUGUUCUGACUCAUCUCCCGCUCUGAGGGUGUCUGCUUCACGUAUUGCGGAUGCCCCACUGGCGACUUGUGCUUCAUCGACCUCCUCGCCUUCAUCUCCAGAACAUACCCAUGUCACUUCGCCUCAACUUCUGCAACCACCCCGCUCCUUCUUAACCGGCAAGCACGUCUACGCAAGUCUUUCUCCCGACGGACGUGGAACGAAAUGCUACAUUGCGUACGACCUUGCUACUGGCGAGCUCGUAUUCCUCAAAGAUUCCUGGCGUGCAGAGAUGUCAAAAUCUGAAAUCGAAGUCUAUGAAAGGCUGUGGAGGAAAGGUGUGGGGUACAUCGCCACGCCUGUUUGUGGCGGCGACGUGAUCGGGGAAAGAGGAAUAAAGCAGCAAACGCGAACUCAUGAGUUCUCCUCUAGGACGUCAGUGAGAAUUCAUUGCCGUCUCGUCGUGCAAGAAAUUGCCCGGCCCCUCAAAGACUACAAAUCCAGCAGGAUACUGGUUUCAGUGAUGAUGUGUGCGCUCACAGCUCACCGUGAUGCAUGGGAGCGUGCUGGCGUGAUGCAUCGUGACGUCAGUGCUGCAAAUAUACUCAUUGUGGACCCAGUGAAGGGACUUGGAAUUCUCAACGACUGGGAUUUGUGCAAAUAUGACGUCGAGCUGCAAGGUGGUGCUACUCAAGAUGAUCGAUCGGGAACGUGGCCAUUCAUGUCGGCGAUGUUUCUCAGAUAUCCCGGAAAGAAGCCAUAUGAGCUGUCCGAUGACCUCGAAUCAUUCGUGCACAUAUUGAACUGGUUUUGUCUCCGCUAUCAUCCUCACAAUCGUCUCACGGAUCUGCAAACCCAUGUGGAAUACGUAUAUCACGGGAUGGAGAUCGACUCGAAGCAGCAUACCGUUACUGGAGGACAUCAGAAGCUGAUGUUUCUCAAGUCCGGACAGCUUUUCGUGGAACUCAGCGAUGCAUCCCCGCUAAGGACACUUGUCGAGGAUCUCGCGCGCAUAUGCCGAGAACAUUAUGCGAAAGUUGAUUUUAGCAAGUUCGACGUUGUAAGAAAGACGGACCCUGCGAUAGACUUGGACGGUGAUGGUGACGCUGGCCUGGCUGCCAUUACAGAGUUUGCGAAAAGCCAAUAUGCCGACACCCAAAAAGUGGUCAAGCCGAGCCCGCAGGUCGGAAUAGCCGAGAUGUCGUCAAACCGUCCUCCUGCCCUCUCCACUCAUCGUCCGAUCAUGUAUGCAUUUGCCUGUGCUGUUACGACCAAAGGCACAUGGCUAGUGGACAAACAGGGAGACCAGUUUGUUUUCAGGUCGGGCUCCAGGGAACCUCCCGUGCGUUCGAGUAUCGCCAUGUCGGACUCGAGUCUGAAACGGAAGCCGGAAGAUGCUGGUCUGGACCGCGAAGCGUCUGCACCUCGGAAGUUGCCAAGGUCGGAGGGUAAGACACGCAAGCCUUCCGGCUUAUCCAAAGGGUGCUCUGUCAUGAAUGCCUGAGAAUGGUCCGGCGGAGGCCAGCUCAUUGUAUUGCAUUGCCACAUCUUGACUACGAGCCACGGUAGGCGCGUUUUGAGAGAAU